AUGCCGUCGGCUUCUGGAGCGAGAGUCACAGCUGUGCUUUUGGGCAUGUUGUUUAUGGCUUCAGGAUGCCUUAAGACGAUAAAAAUAAGCACUGUCUUACACCGAGAGAUGUUGAAAGUUUUCAAAAACCUGACGGACGUUUGUCCAUUUAAAUUAGUCGGUUUUCACCCGUCUCCAGUAGUUUACAUGCAAGUUGUGGGA